CAUCGACGAAGUUCUCUGAUACUUUACGAAGAUGAGAGCUAAGUGGAGAAAGAAGCGCGUUCGACGCUUGAAGCGUAAGAGAAGAAAGGUCCGGGCUAGAAGCAAGUAAACCUCUUCACGGCUCUGUCUUAGUCGUUCCGUGACGAAGACCUCGAACGCUGAAAACAAUGCCUGUUCUUCAAUGACUAUCGAGUCACGCGAUGCAUCCGUCAUGGCUUUCUAGCAUCCUUUUCUCUCGAUCCCUCGCGGACUAAAUCAACAAGAAAAAAAAAAGAAAGAAUUACCCACGACGGUUUGGACUGCCUAAAGUUGCAUUCUCGAAGAAGAAAAUUUUUCUUUCGGUCGGAUUCGGAGCGCCCCUUUCUAAUUGUAUUGACGACUCUUGCAUCCUGUCAUGAGCUCUACAACGUGCUACGAACGAUCGGUAAUAUGACGAUUCUCUUUGUGUGUUAACUAUUCGAGGCUGCGGUUUUUGAGGGAAACAGGGGAAAGGAGUUUACUUCGAGACUUUUUAUUAUCAUGGGAGACUAGUCAAAAAAAAAGGCGAAAUAUCCGAACUACGGGGCUGUACCUUGAAGAGUUUACUAAUUGUCCUGCUGGAUCUGGUGUCUUUCUGUGCGAUGGCUUUUAUGUAUUUACAAAAUAGCUUGCCGAUAAGGGCGGAUUGACCUCGGAAUGAAAGUGGACAGUCUUCAAAAGCAA